ACGUACCUACCAUCGAUCACAUAUCUUCCGAAAAGAUUCUGCUGAAAACAACUACUGCAAUUCUAUAUCUUCGAGCUCCAAAUGACAAGGAAAGCUGCGACAACUAAACCACAUCGCUCAAUACCAUCAACCAAACACAAUCAUGUCAAACACAGACCAGACCACAAGACUACUAAACAAUAUCAUCGCCCUCACGACACCACAACAGGACAAAUGGAUAGCCUUCACAGCAGUCGUCUCAACAAUAUCCCUAGCAUCUCUGGACAUCAAAGCAGGUUCACAAAUGCUAGGUGACAAACCAUCCGCAUUCGAAAAAGCACUUCCAAGACGUGUGCCCAUUGCACUACCACAGUCAUCGUAUCUGGUCGAGACUAUCUCAAGAUCAUACUUCAGGGGCGCCACAUCAAUGGCGUUCUUCUAUCUCGCAUACAAGGAUUAUCGAACUGCUGAGCUUCGGGCAAGAAGGUCGGAGGAGGCUGAUGGUUCUGGUUGGAGGUGGAAGGCGUUGGCUUUUUGUGGUGCUGCUGGUGUUGUGGUACAAUCGCUUGGCCCUUUCCCGGCACUCAUGUGGGAUAGAGUGUAUAAGCCUGGUAUCAAGAGUCAGGUUCAGAGGUUGGGGAAAUUGACGUUGAGUAAGGGAGGAAUACUCAUGGCUACUGCGCCUUUUUGUAUGGCUGCUUGGAAUGCCUUGUGAAUGGUCGAAACGCGCAAGGUCGUAAGUCCAAGGAGCAUUUGUCGUUGGCGUCGGUGUUCGUAAGAUCUCUCCUCCAGAGUUUCGCCAUAGUAGGCACUCGAAUGGUCGCUACAUCUUAUCAAAAAGCAGCGAGCAAUAUCAAGACAUGCGGCCACCGAAAGAAACUGCAGCCUGAAGAAUCAGCAAAACAAACGCCC